CCAAAAAUCAGUUCAGUUUGCUUAACUCAAGAGUUAACAUAAUGAAGGUCUUGAUUGCAUUGGCUGCUUUCAUUGGCAUUGCACUCGCUGUGGACUACUGUGCUCUGCCCACUUGCCUGGACAAGCACGUUGCCUGCAACAACAAAGGAAACUUUAGCACUGAUUGCCCCAAGGACGUGCGUGUGAUUAAUAUUGAUGCCCAUCAAAAGUUGAUUCUUGCGCUGUUCAAUGAGCUGCGAAACAAAAUCGCCAGUGGUGCUAUUGAAGGUUUUCCCAAGGCAACACGUAUGGCCAAGAUGUCCUGGUGCGAGGAGUUGACACACUUGUCGCUCUUUAAUGUCAAGACUUGUCAGUCACUGCCCGACAAGUGCCGCAGUACCGAGCGCUUCGCUUAUGCUGGCCAAAACAAUGCUAUAUUCAGUUAUAGCGGUGCCGAAACUGAGUAUUCCGAUGCCGAAAUCAUUAAAGAACAGAUUGAGAAUUGGUUUGCUCAGCGCGCCAAUACUUCGCCCGAGAUACUAGGUAGCCUACCUGAGGAUUUGCCCAACAAGAAUAUUGCGAAAUUUACUGUUGCCGUAGCUGAGAAGAACACACAUGUGGGUUGUGCUGCAGUACGAUUCUCCCGUGACUAUUACAAUCACUUUGUGUUGACCUGCGAUUUUGCCACAACCAACAUUAUUGGACAUCCCGUGUACACGCCUGGCGACAAGUCCACCUCGGGCUGCAAGAACCGCUAUGGCGCUGCCUUUGACUACCCCAAUCUGUGCUACGCCAAGGAGAUCUACGACAACGAGAAGAUCGUGCCCGACAUCAAACUAUACUUGAAACUCAGUGCUCGUCAGUAUUCUCAGCUGGCUGCUGUAGCAGCGCAGCAGCAACAACAGCUGUUGCACCGGGGGAACAAUGGAACUCUGCUGUGCCUAGAAGUGCCACGCGCUCUGGGCUGGCAAAGUUUUCACACCAGCAACUGCCUUAGGUCAGAAAAGGUUGUAACAGUGCCGCCUUUUGCAGAUUCCAUCUCCGAGGGCGAUAUUAAAUUCACCUGCAAGGUUGGCGACUCCUUUGGUGCUGACGAUGCCGUCAUGGAGAUUGAAACGGACAAGACCACGGUAGCGGUGCCAGCGCCUUUUGCCGGCACAGUUACGGAAAUUCUUGUUAGUGACGGUGAUACGGUCAAGUCAGGACAGCAGCUGUUCAAAAUGAAGCCUGGUGCAGCGCCAGCCAAGGCUGCAGACGGCACUCGUCAGAUAUUGGGCACACGUUCUGAGCAACGCGUCAAGAUGAACCGCAUGCGUCAAAAGAUUGCGGCUCGCUUGAAGGAUGCACAGAACACGUGCGCUAUGCUGACCACUUUCAACGAAAUCGACAUGAGCUACGCGAUGGCCUUCCGUAAGGAGCAUUUGGAUGCGUUCGUUAAGAAGUACGGCAUCAAGCUUGGCUUCAUGUCCAUUUUCUCGAAGGCUAGUGCCUAUGCGCUGCAGGAUCAGCCCGUGGUCAAUGCCGUCAUCGAUGGCCAGGACAUGGUCUACCGCGACUAUGUGGAUAUCUCAGUGGCUGUAGCUACACCUCGUGGCCUCGUUGUGCCUGUCAUACGCAAUGUGGAGGGCAUGAACUAUGCGGAUAUUGAGAUUGCAUUGGCCGGACUCGCUGACAAAGCCAAGCGUGAUGCAAUCACCGUAGAGGACAUGGAUGGUGGCACCUUUACCAUCAGCAAUGGCGGCGUUUUCGGCUCCCUGAUGGGCACACCCAUUAUAAAUCCACCACAAAGCGCCAUUCUGGGCAUGCACGGCAUCUUUGAACGCCCGAUUGCAGUCAAGGGCGAGGUGAAAAUACGCCCCAUGAUGUACGUUGCGUUGACAUACGAUCACCGAAUCAUUGAUGGCCGUGAGGCGGUCAUGUUCUUGCGCAAGGUGAAGGCUGCUGUAGAGAAUCCUUCUAUCAUUGUUGCCGGCCUCAACAUACAUAUAUACAAAUCAAUGUCGGGCAUUAUAUCGAUGUUAACUAGACAAAUAACACGCAAUGUUGGAGCCAAAGUAUUGCGCAAUUAUAAAUUGAAUUUGCUUGUACGCCAGCAUUCAAGAUUAGUAGCUGGUGUUAUAUUAGUGCAACAGCAAAAACAGAGGCAUGUACUAAUUGGCAAGUACCAGCAGCAGCGGCAAGCUGGCAUAGGCUGGCCAGGCAUACAUACGAGCAGCAUUUUGAGAUCUGAGCAGGUUGUCAAUGCGCCGGCGUUUCCAGAGUCUGUAGCCGAGGGUGAUGUUAAAUUCACCUGUAAGGUGGGCGACUCUUUUGGUGCCGAUGAGCCUGUUAUGGAAAUUGAAACGGAUAAGACGGCGAUGCCUGUGCCAGCUCCUUUUGCAGGCACGAUAACAGAAAUUCUAGUCGGUAAUGGUGACUCCGUUAAGGCUGGACAGCCUUUAUUUAAAAUGAAGCCAGGCGCUGCACCUGCAAAGGCUGCACCAGCAAAGGCUGCGGCAGCGCCAGCGCCCGCUGCACCCGCAAAAGCUGCGCCCCCAAAGCCUGCGCCCGCCCCACCGCCUGCACCAGCGCCCACACCAGUGCCAUCGGGGCCCCGUCCUGGCGCUGUAGCUUCCUUAGCACCACAAGCACCACCACCUCCGCCACCACCAGCAGCUAAGCCUGCUGCCGCAGCAGCCAAGCCGGCGCCCGCUGGGGGUGUGCCACCCAUAACAGGCACACGCACCGAACAGCGUGUAAAGAUGAAUCGCAUGCGUCAGAAGAUUGCAGCGCGUCUCAAGGAUGCACAAAAUACUUGCGCUAUGCUGACCACGUUUAAUGAAAUUGACAUGAGCUUCUCCAUGGAUUUCCGCAAGCAAAAGCAAGAGGCUUUUAUGCAACAGCAUAGCGUCAAGCUGGGCUUCAUGUCCAUAUUCUCCAGAGCUUGCAGCCUGGCACUGCAGGAACAGCCCGUUGUAAAUGCGGUUAUUGAAGAUAAGGAAAUUGUGUAUCGUGACUUUGUGGAUAUCUCUGUGGCUGUGGCCACGCCUCGUGGCUUAGUUGUGCCUGUGAUACGCAGCGUGGAGACGAUGAAAUUUGCGGAUAUUGAAAAGGCACUGGGCGCAUUGGCCGCCAAGGCCAAAAAGGAUGCUAUUACUGUGGCGGAUAUGGCGGGCGGCACUUUUACCAUAAGCAAUGGUGGCGUAUUCGGCUCGCUGAUGGGCACACCCAUUAUAAAUCCACCACAGAGCGCUAUACUUGGCAUGCACGGCAUCUUUGAGCGUCCGAUUGCGAUUAAGGGCGAGAUUAAAGUACGUCCCAUGAUGUAUGUGGCCUUGACCUAUGAUCAUCGUAUUAUCGAUGGGCGUGAGGCAGUGCUGUUCCUGCGCAAGAUCAAGUCCGUUUUAGAGGAUCCCAGUGCUCUGGCUGAGGGUCUUUGAGUGCUUUUAAAACUGUAAAAAUUCAAAUGUAAACUGUGCACUGCGCUAUUAAACUUUCUGCAGUUCAA